AUGGAAAACAUAUUUGAAGUUCUUAAAACACAAGUAACACUGGAGAAGUCACUUAAUCAAAGAUUAGAUGAGUUUGAAGCGAGACUAGAGGGAUCAUCAAAGGACUUAAGCCUGAAGGACCUAAGUUCUGACUACAUCAACUUCAAGAAUUUCGUUUAUUCAACAUUUACAUUACUGCGGCAGCAAAUUAACCAUCUAAUUGUUAACGUGGAUGCCAUUGAAAGUAGACACAGAAAGAAGUUUCUGCUGCUGGGAGGAGUGGUCGAGAAUACCAAUGAGAAUGUCCGCGAAUUUGUAGCUUCAGUCAUCACCAAGAAUCUUGGUAUCAAAAAUUGUUCUAGUCAGUCGCUGCAGAUAUGUCAUCGUCUUGGCACAAUAUCUAAUGGCCGCCCUAUUCCGAUUCUCAUAAAAUUUGAAGACACUCAAUUACGUCAGGAGCACUCGGUGUAUUGUUUUAUGCCUCAAUCUAAACACACGCCCAGAUUGUCUAAGGCUGCAGGUUGGAUUCCGAUUCAAAUGGUCUAA